AGACCUAUAACGUCUGAUCGUCCUCCCCUCUCCUGUCACUGGUCAUGUGUCACAGCUGUAGAAUUUUUAAGGUUAAAACGACUGCAUUUUGAGUGAAAGAAUAUCUAAAAUUGGUGAACAUUAAUUCGAUGUCUGCGUGCAACGAAAUUAUUGAUGACAUUGAGGACCUGAUAUCGUCACAAGACAUCACUCCAAAAGAGAGAUACGCAAAUAAAAAGAAUGUGACCGUGCGUAGCAAACGAAAACCAAAUGAUACGCCAGAGUCUAAGUGCAUUACCGACAAGCCAAUUUAUGAGAGCAUAAUACCUGGAACACAGAAAAUUUACCUGAAAACAUGGGGUUGUGCUCAUAACAAUUCGGACUCGGAGUAUAUGGCCGGUCAGUUGGCUGCAUAUGGAUACAAUUUAACAUCGGAUAAGUCCAUAGCCGAUUUAUGGUUGCUGAACAGUUGUACGGUCAAAAAUCCAUCGGAAGACACUUUUCGCAAUGAAAUAGAAAAUGGUUUGAGUGUUGGGAAGCAUGUUGUUGUAGCCGGUUGUGUUCCGUCUGGAGCACCGAAAUCGGAAUACUUGAAAGGAUUGAGUAUUGUGGGAGUGCAGCAGAUUGACAGAGUCGUUGAAGUUGUCGAGGAGACACUUAAAGGCCAUAAUGUUCGCCUGUUGCAACAAAAAAAGGUCAAUGGAAAAAGAGUGGCUGGUGCGGCACUUUCUCUACCGAAAAUUCGAAAGAAUCCCUUGAUCGAGAUCAUAGCUAUCAACUCCGGAUGUUUAAACCAGUGCACCUACUGUAAAACAAAGCAUUCUCGUGGCGAUUUGGUCAGCUAUCCACCCGACGAGAUUGUUGCCCGAGCGAAACAAGCAUUCGAAGAAGGUGUCUGUGAGAUAUGGUUGACGAGCGAAGAUACAGGCACAUACGGCCGUGAUAUCGGUACAUCUUUACCGGAAUUGUUAUGGAAAUUGGUCGAUGUCAUACCGGAAGGCUGUAUGAUGAGAGUUGGAAUGACGAAUCCGCCGUACAUACUUGAGCACUUGGAGGAAAUUGCUAAAAUCUUAGCAACGCCAAGAGUCUAUGCUUUCUUACAUGUACCAGUGCAAAGUGGUAGCGAUUCCGUGCUCGGCGAUAUGAAACGAGAAUAUUGUUGCGAAGAUUUCAAUAAAGUAGUUGAUGUCCUUCGUGAAAGGGUACCAGGAGUGACUAUAGCAACCGACAUAAUUUGCGGUUUUCCAACGGAAACGGAAGCCGACUUUGACGAAUCUAUGAGGCUGUGUGAAAAAUACAAAUUUCCGAGUCUAUUCAUCAAUCAAUUCUUCCCGCGACCGGGAACACCUGCCGCACGCCUACCACGUAUACCAGCCAAUUUAGUAAAGACUCGGACGAAACGAUUGACGGACCUAUUCUAUUCGUAUGAGCCGUACAACCACAAGAUCAAUGAAUAUCAGCAGGUGCUUGUCACCGAAAUCUCGCACGACAAGAAACACUUUGUCGGUCACAACAAAUACUACGAACAAGUUCUGCUGCCAAUGAAGGACAAUCUGCUCGGAAAAUCGGUCAAAGUGAAAAUUGUGUCGGCGACGAAAUUUUCCAUGAUGGGAGAUAUUAUUGACGACGAGGCGGAAUGGCUGGCAUGUAGUUCGAAAAGUGUUACGAUGGAUCAAUUGUCCAAUGGAUUGUCGACCAAUUGUUCCGACUAUUCGGAGACCAAUGGGUUAGUAACUAAUGACCACGGAUUAGCUGAUAAAGGAGGAAAUGUUUACUUUUACUAUGCGCUCAUUGCCGUUUUGUUGGCUGUUAUUUAUCGAUUUACUUGGAAAUUAUUGUCGGAUUAACGUUAAAGUGAGGAAGCAAUAAACGGCCCAUAUUCAA